AAUGGACAAUUUCCUAGCAGAUUGUCAGAAGGAAUCGCAUCAGAAAGAAGAGCCUGAGGGCAUCUGGUCCGCUUGAUAUGCAUGAUGUAGUCGUCUGCAAGCCUGGCAUUCGAGCACUCAUGCUCGAAAUUCCACGUGUCAAUUCUCGGAAGCAUUCUUUGUGUCGUGCCUUUACAGCAUCAACACACUACACAACAAUCCUGACUUCUCGUACUGAAAGUUGCAAGGUUACUAACCUGAUAAGUGUUGAAUUUAUUGGCAACCGAAGUUGCCUAAAUAAGGGAACGACGUAGUUUCUGACAUCAUCCACCAUCUAUUUCCAUUUCGAACUUGGUGCCCCACUGCCUUAACCUAAACCAUUCCCUUCAACAUUGCUCGUCACAUAGGCUCAUGGAUGCUCACGGUCAAUACCCACCGCCUCCAGCUGCUUCAGGCCCGCAGCUUCUUGAGGUUUUGCAUGUAUAGGUGCAUGUGUUCUUCAGACAUGGUGAUAGGACACCCACACCUGUGGGGCGUCCUAAAAACCGGAGCGACAUGUGGUCAAGCCGCGUCCAAGAGGUGCCUUUGCCAUUGCGAAAUGGAAAAUUCUUUCGACAGAAGUAUCCGUGGGGAAAUCUCACUACCAAGGGUAGGCUACCAAUUGUUCUCCAUUCACUCGAUCGAUUAGGUGCGCAGCAGGCAAGGGAUUUGGGUGCGUGGUUAAGAGAGCACUACGUACCCCAGUUCAGCAACCCUGUGGGAAAGGUCAGGCUUCAGGAGGCGCCUGAGAAGUUCAUCAGCUUGCGCACAACUAGCUUUCUGCGCACCAAUCUCACUGCCUGGUUUUUAUUGGAGGGACUUUUGGAAUCUCCGGAUGACGUAGCGUCUAUCCCAUUUAUAUGUCGAGAAGAGAAGGACGAAAAUCUGUACCACAAUGAUGAGCACUGUCCUCGCCUCUGGUUGAAGUGGGAGCAAGCGUGGGUGACUAUUCAGAAAGCCACCACCUCGGACGGGAUGAACUGGCGGGAACGCUUUCAGGACAUGCAAGCUGCAAUGGCGCGAGAGUUGGAGCUAAACCUUGACGAUCCGGGGUUUCUGCUGUCCAUGGACGGUCCUGGCUUCCCAUGGAUAACGGUACUGCGGCCAUCAAACCUCCAAGAUACGCUUGAAUGUGGGAGGUGUCAUGGCGACGCCUUACCUGCGGGUAUCUCCGUGGAAAAGCUUACUGCUGUUCGAACGCAUCUUGCGCGAGACUAUGCCGUCACAUUUCAGGAUAGAGACGUAUUGCAGCUGUCUAUAGGCAGGCUGGUACGCGAGUUGAAGGAGGCAUUGCUUGAUCGAGUCAACACCGAGGCGCAAUCCACCUCAGACCGCCCUUCUCUGUUCCUAUAUUCGGGUCACGAUGCCACUAUCAUGCCACUCUCAGUGGCAUUGGGUUUGCCUUGGACGGAAUGGCCUGGCUACACAUCCUCCAUCUGUGUUGAGUUGUGGCGAGGUGCUGACGGUGAAGGUGGACAUGCUGUCCGCGUGCUUUUCGACCGUGAAGAAGUUGCACUUCCCAUCUCUCGAGAUGGGAGCGCGCCGAAGAAGGUGUUGUCCUUUCACGAGUUUUUGGAGAUAGCUGAGUGGUCUUCACUAUCGGAGACGGACUUCUCAAGUAGAUGUCAGGAUGGUGCAGAGAUAGCAGAUACGCAUGAGUGAACACUUUUCGUCGGCUUCUCAGGAGUGUUGCGGCGAUUUAGUAUCUAUAGAAUGCUAAAAAUAUUGACACCUAGACCCAGCUACGCUCAAUAAGUUUAUAUUUCUCAACAAGCAGAAUGCAUGACUUGCUUGAAUUGCAUCACUGUAUUUAUUCGUAAUGAUAUUCGGAUAAAGUACAUGGAAUGAAUUAGAUUAUUUUUUCUUCACGUAUGUAA